GGCGAUGUGGGGAAGGGAGAGCGCGGUGAUUGGGCGGAUGAAGGGGUGGGCGGGGAGAGAGGGGACGCGCCCCCCCCAUCGCCGACGCCGCCGCCAUUGAGGAGACGCCGGAGCCGGCCGUUUCCCGCUCCGCAGCCAUGGCGGCCGAGCCCGCCCUUCCCGCCAAUUCCCCGCCCCCCCCCCGCGCCCGCCACGAUGGACGCCGACCCCGCCCCCGGCCCCGCCCCCUCGGACGCCCAUUGGUCCGCCGCCGCCGCCAAUUGGGCCACGGACGACGCUGAUUGGUGCGUGCCGCGCAGCGAUGAGGAGGAGGAGGAGGAGGAAGGCGGGGGGUGGGCGCCCGCGCCCCCCGAGAUCCGGCGGCUGCUGGAGCUGAUCGCGCAGCGCGGCACGCUGGAGCUGCGGCGGCCGGCCAGGCCGCGGAGACCGCCCACCCCCCUGCGGGAGGCGGCGCCCGCCUGCGAGAGCAGCGAGGAGCCGCCGCAGGAGAGGCCGGACAAGCCCCCGGUGGUGCCGCAGUUCGAGUUUGAGGACGAGCCGGUGGCGCCGCAGCGGCCGCUGAUCGACCGGCGCCGCGCACACGGGGCCGGUCGCGUGGCGCGGCGCGCGGCGCUGGACAAGGUGCAGAUUUGGGCGGAUUUGGGCAGAUUUGGGGCCGGCCGCGUGGCGCGGCGCGCGGCGCUGGACAAGGUGCUGUGGGACAUGAAGCGGCACCAGGCGCUGGAGCAGCAGAUCCUGCGCACCGGCCUCGACCUCUUCCCGCCCGGCGCCCGCGCGCGCACCACCUGACCAAAAACGGGUAUUCCGCCCCAAAAACGGCACCGGUGACCCCAAAAACGGCUUGUUUGACCCCAAAAACGGCUUGUUUGACCCCAAAAAUGGGUUAUUUGACCCCAGAAA